AUGGCAGCUUCCCCUCGGAGAGGCGACGUCGCUGUGAUUGGGAUGGCUUGUCGGACAGCUGGCGCGAAUUCACCCUCAGAACUUUGGGAUAUCCUAGCCAAUUCAAGGGACGUCCAAUCCGUUAUUACUCGAUUCAAUACAGAAGGGUUCUAUCAUCCCGAAGGCGGGCCUCGAAAAGGUUCUACUUGUGUACGCAAUGCGUAUAUGAUGGACGACGAAGCAAUUGACAAAUUCGAUCAUGCUUUCUUCCAGAUCACACCCGUGGAAGCAAUGGCUAUAGACCCUCAACAGCGGAUGCUAUUGGAGGUUGCGUAUGAAUGUGUUGAGAACGCCGGAGUGCCGCUCGAGGACUUUAUGGGCACCGAUACCUCUGUGAUGGCGGGGGUGGAGAGCUGCGACUACCACGACGUGAUAUCCCGCGAUAUUGAUGCCACCCCCAAGUACUUGGCUACAGGCACACCAAUGUGCAUGGCCGCGAACAGAAUCAGCUAUUUCUUCAACCUCUCGGGAAACAGCAUCGCAGUGGACACAGCUUGCUCCUCGACCAUGGUCGCUCUACAUCAGGCAGUCCGCACUUUGCAGCACGGCGACUCAGGCAUGGCCCUUGUCUGUGGUGCAAAAUUGAUCAUCACGCCAAAUAUGUUCGUACCGAGCACGGAACUUGGCUUUCUCAGCCCUAGUGGGAGGAGUCGGAGCUUCGAUGCGGACGCUGACGGAUACGGACGUGGAGAAGGUGUUAUUGCACUUCUCCUUAAGCCCAUAAAAAAUGCCAUAGACGAUGGCGACCCGAUACGAGCUGUCAUCAAGGGCACUCGGCUCAACCAGGAUGGCAGAAAGCAGGGCAUCACUCUGCCUUCAGCCAGUGCACAGAAAGAAAAUAUGGAGAGAUUGUACACCGAACUUGGGUUGUCACCAAGAGAUAUUCAAUAUCUUGAAGCUCAUGGCACUGGAACAGCUGGUGGAGAUAGACUGGAAUUGUCCGCAAUCAAUGCCGUGUUUGGUCACUCUUGUCGAGAUCGAUCCUUGGUGGUUGGCGCGCUCAAAAGUUGCAUUGGGCAUCUUGAGGCUUGCGCAGGGCUGGCUAGUGUAAUCAAGACCAUAGAGUGUCUUGAACGAGGCAAGAUUCCUCCCCAAAUGCACUUGAAGAAGCCAAAUCCGGAGAUCACUUUUCAGGGCCUCCAAAUACCUCUGACGAUGCUCGAUUGGCCAGCUCCUCCCAGCCAGACAAGGCGCGCUGCCAUCAAUACUUUCGGAGCUGGCGGCACCAACGCCCAUGCCGUUCUAGAGAACUACAAUCAUGCUUCAAGCAAACCACUGACUAGACGCCAUACAUACCUGUUUAUGGUGUCCGCAACUGAUGAUGAUGCUCUGUCACGAUUGUCUUUGAAAUAUGCUGACUAUAUCGAGCACCAUAAGCCCACGCUUUCCGAUAUGGCGCAUACACUCCUAGCGCAUCGAUCUCAGCUGGCCAAAUCUGUGUUCUUCGCAUCCGGUACUCCUGAAGAGGCUAUGUCGAGGUUAAGAACUCGGACUCCCUCGGGGCAUUUAAAUACAACUAGAUCAAUCAAGGGAGCGGUCUUCCUCUUUACGGGUCAAGGAGCACAAUGGCCUAUGAUGGGAAAAGUCCUACUUGAAGAGUCGCGACUCUUCGAAGAGGUGAUUAUGAGGUGUGAUGACUUACUUUCAAGCCUGACGGACGGCCCAGCGUGGUCGAUCGUCGAUGAAAUGAUGAAGACCGAGGAAUCCUCAAAUGUCUAUCAAUCCCUGUACUCACAAACACUUUGUACAGCACUCCAAUUGGGCAUCAUCAUUCUCCUAGAAUCUUGGGGCAUAUCACCCGUCGCUGUGGUAGGCCAUUCUUCUGGCGAGAUUGCAGCAGCUUACACUGCUGGGCUUCUAUCAUUCGAAGAUGCUAUAAUAGUCGCAUAUUACCGCGGGAUGUACCUGAAUCGCUCUAUGCUAGACACCGGUAGCAAGCGCGAUGGCAGUAUGUGUGCUGUUGGCAUGUGCGAAUCCGAUGCGGUGUGCCUCCUUGAACAGUAUGGCGACAGAGUCCAGCUCGCGGCUGUGAACUCGCCUGGCAGCUGCACACUUUCAGGAGACACUGACGCGAUCAAAGAGAUUGAAAUGGAGUGCGUCAAGCGCUCGGUAUUCUGUCGGAGGCUGCGUGUUGACAUGGCCUAUCAUUCGCAUCAUGUCGUGCCCAUGGCGUCAGCCUACGAGAAAGCGCUGUAUACUGUUAUGGGAUCAAAUGACCCGCUCGAUCAGAAAUGCCAGAUGUUUUCCUCCGUUACAGGAGAGAAGAUGAUACUCAACAGGUUAUCACCUCAUUACUGGAAGGACAAUAUGAUAUCAACUGUUCAUUUUGAUUCUUCUCUUACAAAGUGUAUUGCAGAUCUGCCUCACGAUAUUGUCAUGGUUGAGAUUGGCCCGCACCCAGCCUUAAAGGGGCCAACAAGAGAGAUCUUGCAAAGUAAAGACAGGUCGCACAUCAAUUAUUUCAACUCUUUAUUUCGACAUAAGAACGAUAUGAAGGUCUUGCUUGAGAAUGUGGGUGAGAUGAUUGCAGCAGGCGUUCCUGUUGCAAAGCGAAAUAUUAAUGGUAUUGAGAUCGUAGAUGGCUUACAGUGCAAUUAUAACCUUCCUGCAGUUUUGAAAGAUCUGCCCUCUUACCAAUGGGAUCAUUCUACACCCCUGUGGUAUGAGUCAAGGACUAGCCACAAUCAACGCUUCCGAUGCUUUCCACGCCAUGACAUUCUCGGAUCUCGCUAUCUGGAGGACUCACCCAUGAACCCUAGUUGGCGAAGUCUGCUAAAUCCAGACGAUGUCCCGUGGCUCGCUAAACUAAAGAGCAGAGGAACAAUGGACAUACCUACGGCAGCCUUCCUGCUGAUGGCUGCUGAGGCAGCACGGCAGAUCUUCGUGGCUGCAGAGCGCAUCCAAGGGUCUAUAGUGAUCUCUGACAUGUCGUUCGAUUGCAACCUGCCGUUCUCCCUCUUUGGCACAACGCCAAACGUUGAAUUACACUUGAUCACGCGCUCUGCAGAGGGAGAAACUGCGUAUAGCUUCGAAAUAUCGUAUCUGCUUUCUGGGCAUGGAGUGCGCUCAAGACGGCUGUGUUCUGGCAUGUUCAAAUGGGAUGAAACAUCAAUUAUGUCGAAGGAUCAGGACAAUCAGCAGGUACCUCGCGAUCACGAUCCAUGGCUCCCGGAGCAGUCCCAAGCAAUAGGAGAACAUAUCUCACGAAAGAUCUUGGAUCUAGCCCUGAAUUCCAGAGGUGCAACUGGAAGGUUUGACAAUGUGAUCAGCCCAUCUGACCAUUACUUUCUCGAUCCGGAGAUCCUCUAUUCUAUACUUGGAUUAGCAUCAGUAUCGGCCUUCAGGUGGAGCCUGCCUUCGGUCCAAAGAAUAGUGUCAGUCGGAUAUCUGAGGUUACCUAUGGUCCCACAAUUGGAACAUGCCAGCGGAAUUUUCACAGUCGAUGUGCGACCUGUGCACUCAAAUUCUAUACAGGCAGACGUCGGUAUCAGCUUUGGCGAAACACAUGCUCUCUUGCUUUCGGAUAUCCGGCUACUACAUGACAGAAGAAUUGAUCAGACACCAGCACCACGAUCACUCUUCUUCAAGCCAGUUGUGCUCCCUGACAUAACCACAAUUGAGCCUACAACAAAGCCCAAACAUAUCUUCGAGUUUCUGAAGCUUGUGACGCACAAAUGGCCAAUGUGCGACAUUGCAAUUAGCGGAAUAACCAGCGAGAACAUCGAUAUUAUUAUUGAGUCUUUGCAACGCUCCGAAUGCGGAGGUCGGGUUUCUUUCCGUUCCAUCGUCAUCGUUGGCAAUCCGGAAGACCGACCACGUUGGAGUAGAGUUCGGGUGGUCUACGAGCUCCCUAGUGACCGCCAAUAUCAUCUAAUUGUUCAAGGAAGUGAACAUGUUGACGCCGAGAAUGCACGCAAGCUAGUCUUGCCUAAUGGACUUCUUUGCAUAGGCCUUGCCGAAAAACAGAAAAGCGGGCUGAGGAAAUUCUUCACGAAGGUGUGUGAUAUCGACGGAAUCAAUAACGAGUACAUCUGGAGUAUUUGGCGAGGUCACAACCACAAGUGUGCGGACCGGCUGUCUGCGUCCCAUCCAAGAUUGACUAUCUUCAGCAGCCAGCUACAGCCUGCCGGAUUUGGUGAAGCCUUUCCUGGAGCCAAACACGUCUUGCUUGACCCAGUCUCAAUGAAGAGCUUCAUUGAGGAAGAUAGGGCUCUACACCAAAGAUCUGAUGCUAUCAUUGUUGAUAGCAUUGAAAACCCCAUUAUCACAACAUGGUCUGGCUGCGACCUCGUACCAUGGUUUCAGAUUUUGCUCGCGUCCUACACAAACAUACUAUGGGUGACCUUUGGCUCACAGGAUUGCAGUCCUCACCAUGGUAUUGCCGGUAAUCUCUUGCGUUCUCUGCAGGCCGAGCAGCCUUCCAUCCGGACCGCUUCGCUUGUAUUCGAAGACGCAACGACAACCAAGCUUCAUGACAUCAUAGGCUCUGUUUACCAGAAACUGAAAUCUGGAUGCGCUGAGAAUGAGGUGUGUCUCGAAGUGUCGGACUCUGGUUCGAAGAUUGUGCGAUAUUUUCCAGAUGAUCAGUUGUCUGUAUCUACUGGUGUAGCAUUACCUCGGGAUGCUGUCAGAGGCAAUGUGCUCGGGAAGAACUAUGAAAUCUCUUUGACUACAGAAGCUGCGACAGUCUUAGUCCAUAACGAACAUGGCGAAAGACCGUUGAAGACGGGAGAGGUCCGGGUCAACAUCGAAGCUUCCAUGAUCGACGUAAGUGAUGUCUGGACAUUUCAGCGUAAAUGUGAUAUCAGGCCGCAGCCUCUUUCUUGCAGGUUCUUUGCUGGGAAAGUUGUGAGUUCUGGAACCGCAGACUUUGUGAUAGAUGGGCAAGUUGUUGGAUGGUAUCAAGGACCGCAUCGCAGUCAAGUCGAUGUCCUGUCUGCUUGCUUGUACGAGUGUAACGCCACCGUCGCACCCAGUGUAUCUGCGGCAGAAUUUGCCCGAAUGUGUGUAGCAUUUUCUACCGUUGACGGAGCCGCUCGAGCCAGGAAGGGCGACAUUUUUGAAAUUCGGCUCAAAGGCCCAAUUGGAGAACAGCUGGCAAAUGUUUGCAGAGAUCUAGGAGCCAAAACACUCGAUAAAGACGUCGCAGACUCGCCAACGUUCAUCGUUGAUUUGAUUCUUGAUAGAGGCUUGCUUCUCAACGAUGCACCAGUACACAUUGAGAAAUAUUUGACUUCGUGCCGCGGCAUUGAUAUGGUACGCCAGCAAUGGAAGUGUGAAGGCCAUGCUCUUCCUGCUAAACAAGUGACAUUGAAAGAGGUUAAAGAAAGCUUUCAACAGCUUGGACUGCAAGACAUAUACUCAACGGUGUUGAGCCACUCCGACAAACAUUUAGUACAAGGGGUGACCGUCAAGACAAAAUAUCAAUCUCUGUUCACCAGUGAUGGCACUUACGUUUUGAUUGGUGGAUUCGGUGGGCUAGGACGCUUUAUAUGCUCUUGGAUGGUGAAAAAUGGUGCUACAAAAUUGGCGGUGAUAUCUCGAAAUGGGCUAGAAUCGCAAGAAGCGAAAGAUACUCAUGCAGCCAUCAAUUGUUCCCACGCUUCAUUGGAAGUCAUCAGAGCUGAUGCCUCUGAUCGUACCGCUAUGCAGAAUGCGCUUGCUCAGAUUCGCCAGACAUCUCAGAUCAAGGGAAUUUUGAACCUGGCAAUGGUGUUGGAGGAUUCUCAAUUUGCUUCUAUGACAGGUGAGCAGUGGGAUCGAGCUGUUGGGACAAAACGAGACUCAAGCUGGAUCUUACACGAAGAGACUGUGAAUGAUGAGUUAGACUUCUUCAUUCUCCUAUCUUCCAUCGCCAGCGUCUUGGGCAACCGAGGACAAGGAAACUAUAACAUCGGCAAUACAUUCCUGAAUGCAUUGGCCAGGUACAGACGAUCACUGGGUUUAACUGCCAUCUCGGUUGCGCUAGGAGCGAUGACUGAAAUUGGCGUUCUGCACGACCUGGGGAAGGAAGACCUUAUUUCAACGCUCACCCGCAGUGGACUAUCGCCGCUUGGAAAGAGAGAGCUAGCCAAGAUCAUGGAGGCAGCUGUUCUUGAAUCCCGUCAUUCAGACCGGUUUUUGAUACUUACUGGCCUCGAAAUGUUCGACCGCGUGGACGGAAAACUAGUAGGAUCAAGAGAUCAAGUGCAAUUAUUUUGGACCGAGCUUCCUGAGUUUGGCUUCCUGCAAAACCACAAACUAGGCGACACUGAAGUGAAGCCAGAUGACGCCAAACUCAGUCUGCGGGAAAAAGUACUGAGUCUGCCGGACAAAGAAGCUCAAAAUCUCCUCCAAUCGGCGUUUAUUGGGUUUCUGUCGCAGCUGCUCGGGUUCGAUGCAGGGAAACUUGACUCUUCAUCUUCGCUCGCCGCGUAUGGUUUGGACUCGCUAAGCGCAGUGUCUUGUCAAUACUGGAUUCACAGAAAUCUUUCAGUGAACAUAUCGCUCUCCACCAUCUUCGAGUCCUCGUCGAUUAACCAUCUUGUCGAGGAGACUUGGAAAGAGACGAUGGACCAUAAUUUCGAUGACGAAACUACAGGGCAGCGUGCUGCGUAUGUUUAG